AUGACCACAGUGGGGAAAGAUAGUAGUGGAACACCACACAUGCAAUAUGUGGGUCCAUACCGGCUGGAGAAGACGCUGGGGAAGGGUCAGACAGGUCUGGUGAAACUUGGCGUUCAUUGUGUUACAUGUCAAAAAGUUGCCAUCAAAAUAGUCAACAGAGAGAAACUCAGCGAAUCUGUGCUAAUGAAGGUGGAGCGUGAGAUUGCAAUUCUGAAGCUAAUAGAACAUCCGCACGUUCUAAAGCUGCACGAUGUGUAUGAGAACAAGAAAUACUUGUACUUGGUGCUGGAGCACGUGUCAGGGGGAGAGCUCUUUGAUUACCUUGUGAAGAAAGGACGUCUUACUCCAAAAGAAGCUCGCAAAUUCUUUCGGCAGAUCAUCUCAGCGUUGGACUUCUGUCACAGCCAUUCCAUUUGUCACAGGGAUUUGAAGCCAGAAAACCUUCUUCUGGAUGAGAGGAAUAAUAUUCGCAUUGCAGAUUUUGGAAUGGCCUCUCUGCAGGUCGGAGAUAGUCUGCUGGAGACAAGCUGUGGGUCCCCACAUUACGCCUGCCCUGAAGUCAUCAGGGGGGAGAAGUAUGACGGCAGGAAGGCAGACAUCUGGAGCUGUGGAGUUAUCUUAUUUGCUUUGCUCGUGGGCGCCCUCCCGUUUGAUGAUGACAACCUGCGGCAACUCCUGGAGAAGGUGAAACGGGGAGUCUUCCAUAUGCCUCAUUUCAUACCACCAGAAUGCCAGAACCUGCUGUGUGGGAUGAUUGAAGUGGAGCCCAUGAAGAGGCUGACGUUAGAAGCCAUACAGAAGCACAACUGGUACAUUGGGGGGAAGAAUGAGCCUGAGCCAGAACAGGCUGUUCCAAGAAAGGUACAGAUGGGAUCUCUACCAUCACUGGAGGACUUGGACCCUGAUGUGCUAGAGAGUAUGCACUCCCUGGGCUGCUUCAGAGAUCGCAACAAACUGCUGCAGGAUCUACUGUCUGAGGAGGAAAAUCAGGAGAAAAUGAUCUAUUUCCUGCUGCUAGACCGGAAGGAGAGAUACCCAAGCCAAGAAGACGAGGAUCUACCGCCAAGAGUAGACAUUGACCCACCACGGAAACGAGUGGACUCCCCCAUGCUGACACGGCAUGGGAAAAGGAGGCCAGAGAGAAAGUCUAUGGAGGUUCUUAGUGGAACAGAUGGUGGAUCUCCGGUGCCAGCUCGUAGGGCUAUAGAAAUGGCACAGCAUGGACAAAGGUCGCGCUCCAUCAGCGGUGCUUCUUCAGGACUCUCCACCAGCCCUAUUAGUAGUCCUAGACCAAUAAGGAGGUUUUUUGCCCUUCCUCAGCCUCCAACUCCAUCUCCUCCUUCCCACCCAUCCUCAACCUCUGAAACUUCAGGGCGCAAUGGUUCCCAUCUAGCACACCCUAAAACCCAUACAUUCCCCCCUAAGCCCCGAGCUUCUGAGAAACCUCUCCAGACAACCCGAUCCCACCCUUUGUCUUCCACCAACACCUCUAAUGUAACCCCUCAAACUGUCAGUAAUCCCAGUGUACACAUAUCUUCCCGAAACCCAGCCAGGUCGCCAGCUUCUGACCUGGCCCCCAAAUCUGUGCCCCUUAUACAGGUUACCCCUCAUCCGUCACCCCGUGGCAGCCCCCUCCCCACUCCCAAGGGGACACCUGUCCACACGCCCAAGGAAAGUCCAGCGGGUACUCCCUCCCCUACUCCCCCAUCCAGCCCUAGCAUUGGAGGAAUGCCCUGGAGAACGAGGCUAAACUCUAUCAAGAAUAACUUCCUGGGUUCACCGCGAUUCCACAGACGCAAACUACAAGUUCCUACAGCUGAUGAAAUGACCAACCUGACACCAGAAUCAUCUCCAGAACUUGCCAAGAAGUCUUGGUUUGGUAAUUUUCUCACCCUGGAAAAGGAGGAUCAGAUCUUUGUGGUCAUUAAGGACAAACCUUUAAGCUCAAUUAAAGCAGAUAUUGUCCAAGCCUUUCUUUCGAUCCCAAGUCUCAGUCACAGUGUAAUCUCACAGACGAGCUUCCGAGCAGAAUACAAAUCCACAGGGGGUCCGUCCGUCUUCCAGAAGCCAGUGAAGUUUCAGGUGGACAUCACAUACUCAGAGAGUGGGGAAAAGCAGAAAGACAGUGGGAUUUAUUCCGUCACAUUCACUCUGCUGUCAGGUCCAAGUCGGAGAUUUAAACGGGUUGUGGAUACUAUUCAGACUCAGCUUCUGAGCUCACAUGAGCAGCCGUCUGUACUGCAGCUUUCAGACCCCAAUAACUGUAUGGAGUAUCUCAGUGGGAAGCUCUCAAAAUGUGGCCGCCCAAUCAGUAACUUCUUUGACGUACUUAAACAACUUUUUUCAGACGAGAAGAACGGUCACACCUCUUCCCCCCCUGGGCCCCUCAGCAAGCAGCGUCCGGCUGAUAACAAGGAACAGGGGCCCCUGGGAGCCAGCGGGAAGGAGAGAGCCAGGAAAACCAGCCCAGUCAUCACUCAGGAGUCCCCUGUCCCUGCCUCCCCCAGCAAACAGGGCACAUAA